AGAUUAGGUUGGUGCUAUCAGCAAAGUUGAAAAUGAAAGUGAUAUUAACAGGUUAGUUGGAAAUUCACAUCUAGAGUGAUCGGACGAAUACAAACACAUCAUUCAUCAUCAAUUGCAAUCAUGGAUAAAUUACAAAUCGUCCUAAUAUUGGCAUUCUUCCUUACCUACUGCAAUACUCAAAUUCGAUAUUGUGCUCCUGAGUUAUGUCCUAGUGGUGUCCACAUAGCUUGUCAAAACCAAAACAGAUUAUUCAGUCCCGACUGCAAGGCACCCCGUCACCUAGUGAACAUAACUCGGUUCAAAAAUCUAAUUGUCUACAACCACAAUUUGUACAGACAUCGUGUUGCAUCAGGAAGUAUGAAGCGGUUCCGUCCAGCUGAAAGAAUGACCACAAUGCUUUGGGACGAUGAACUUGCGUACUUGGCCGCACUUAACUCGAUUACUUGUAAAAUGGAGCAUGACGAAUGCCGUAAUACAUGGCGAUUCAAAUAUUCUGGACAGAAUCUGGCGCGACGAUAUUCCAAACCCAAUAUCUAUACACCACGCGAUAUUAUUGUCGCAUCGAUAGAUGGUUGGUUCAAUGAGUACAAGAUAACCACCAUGGCAGACAUAAGAAACUAUCAAUCCAGCUCGCGAAUGAUAGGACAUUUCACUGUUAUGAUGAAUGACAAAAAUAAUAGGGUCGGCUGCGCAUUGACUAAACAUAGCCCACAUGGAGGUGCCGAGUAUUAUUUUGCCUGUAACUAUGCCAGUACCAACGUAAUCAACAAACCGGUGUAUAAGGAAGGACGGGCGGCUUCUAAAUGCACAACAGGAACCAACCAUUUAUUUUCGGGCCUUUGUAGAAGCUAUGAACCGAUUGACGUUAAUAGAUGGUUUUAGGAUUGAUUGUUUUAUUGUAUUUUUCGAAAACU